AUGCGUCUCUUUCGUCGGUUUAUAGUGCCUACUGCGACGCAAUCAUCAUCAUCAUCUUUAUCUUCAUCGCCAUUAUUCCUAUCACUACUUGUACACCCUCAACGACAUUGUACACUUAGUGUACGUACAGAAAUACGAAAAAGAGGAAAUAUUGUAGAUGAUGAAUUAACAAGAUUAGUGCUUCAGUGUGAUGAGAGUUCUACAAAACCAUUUGGUGGCUCCAUCUGUGGUGGAAUUCUCACUCUUAUGGGUGUAGGCCUCUGUGGUCUCACCUUUGUAUACAAUGUAGGUAAGCCAGUAUUGGAUGCUUACUACGAAACACAGGAGGAUGAGGAGGGAGGAAAGGAAGAGAAGGUGGAUUAA